AUGGCCAAAGGAGAGGGCGCCGAGAGCGGCUCCGCCGCGGGACUUCUGCCCACCGGCAUCCUCCAAGCCGGUGAACGACCGGUCCAGGUGAAGAAGGAGCCAAAGAAGAAAAAGCAGUUGUCCAUUUGCAACAAACUUUGCUAUGCAGUUGGAGGAGCCCCUUACCAGGUGACAGGAUGUGCCCUGGGGUUCUUCCUACAGAUCUACCUGUUGGAUGUAGCUCAGGUGGAUCCUUUCUCUGCUUCCAUCAUCCUAUUCGUGGGCCGAGCUUGGGAUGCCAUCACAGACCCCCUGGUGGGCUUCUGCAUUAGCAAAUCUCCCUGGACCCGCCUGGGCCGCCUCAUGCCCUGGAUCAUCUUCUCCACACCCCUGGCCAUCAUCGCCUACUUCCUCAUCUGGUUCGUGCCCGACUUCCACCAGGGCCAGACCCUGUGGUACUUGCUUUUCUACUGCCUCUUUGAAACGCUGGUCACGUGUUUCCACGUUCCCUACUCAGCUCUCACCAUGUUCAUCAGCACGGAGCAGAGUGAGCGUGAUUCUGCCACUGCCUAUCGGAUGACCGUGGAGGUAUUAGGUACAGUGCUGGGCACAGCAAUCCAGGGGCAGAUCGUGGGCCAAGCAGAUUCGCCUUGUAUCCCGGAUGCCAAUGCUUCUACAGUCAAUCGCACACAGAGCUCCACCUCGAUCAAAGAAACGCAAAAUGCAUACCUGCUGGCGGCAGGAGUCAUUGCCUCCAUCUAUGUCAUCUGUGCUGUCAUCCUGACCCUGGGCGUGCGGGAACAGAGAGAAUCCUACGAGACUCAGCAGACCAAGCAGAUGCCCUUCUUUCGGGGCCUCCGGCUGGUCAUGAGCCAUGGACCAUACAUCAAGCUUAUUGCCGGCUUCCUCUUCACCUCCUUGGCUUUCAUGCUGGUGGAGGGGAACUUCGCCUUGUUUUGUACCUACACCUUGGGCUUUCGGAACGAAUUCCAGAAUCUGCUCCUGGCAAUCAUGUUCUCAGCCACAGUCACCAUCCCCAUCUGGCAAUGGUUCCUAACCCGGUUUGGCAAAAAGACAGCUGUGUACGUUGGAAUCUCGUCAGCAGUGCCAUUUCUCAUCUUGGUGGCCCUGAUGGAGAGUAACCUGAUUGUCACAUACGUGGUGGCUGUGGCAGCCGGCAUCAGUGUAGCAGCUGCCUUCUUACUACCGUGGUCCAUGCUGCCUGACGUCAUUGAUGACUUCCACUUGAAGCAGCCCCACAUCCAUGGGACCGAGCCCAUCUUCUUCUCCUUCUACGUCUUCUUCACCAAGUUUGCCUCUGGCGUCUCUCUGGGCAUCUCCACCCUCAGUCUGGACUUCACCGGGUACCAGACCCGUGGCUGCUCCCAGCCGGCACGUGUCAAGUUCACGCUGAAGAUGCUGGUGACCAUGGCUCCCAUAGUCCUCAUCCUCAUAGGCCUGCUGCUCUUCAAGCUGUACCCCAUUAACGAGGAGAAGAGGCGGCAGAACAAGAAGGCCCUGCAGGCUCUGAGGGAAGAGGCCAGCAGCUCGGGCUGCUCUGACACAGACUCUACAGAACUGGCCAGCAUCCUCUAG